AUGCAGCAGACUCAACACCACCACUGCGGCACCAACUGCAUCUUAUGCAGGCCGCGCCUGGUCAGCAAUGCUGGCAGCGACGCCAGCGCCAUCGCCAUCACGGCGGCCCCCGCCUCGCCGGGCGAGGCACCACUGGUGACGAUGGGCGUGGUCGGGGCGGACGGACGGAUCGAGCCCCAGCUGCAGAUGGCGGUGCGGCGGCGGAGCAGCAGCAGCAGCGCCACGACGGUGAUGGAGCAGCCGUCGCCUCGGCACCAGCACUUUUACGGCGCGGGUGGCAUGGACGAGCAGCCAUUCCAGCAUUACGUAUUCCACGAUCCCAUCAGAGGCAACAACUCGGCGGCGCCGGCACCGCCGGCAUACAGGAGGGAUCCAAUGAGAGGCAGCGCGAGCGUGCAUCCCACCGAGUCUCAGAUAAACGGGACUCAUGCCGAGGUGGAUCAGGCGGAGCAGGAGCAGGUGCGACAGAACAUUGCGGUCCGGCUUGCUCAGAUCGGAAGGCGGGUGCGUAGCGACCCGCAUAUUCAAUUUGUUGACUUGGAUUGA